AUGACCAUGAUCUCAAAUGAUCCCACUUGGUGGCCAAUCUUCGAUGCAUUUCGUGUUCAAAGCUAUUUUGUAGUCGCCGCCUUUGUUGCAGCGAUAUAUGAUUGGGCACUUACAUUCGGACAAGAGGUGGAAUUGAUCUGGAGACAACGAUGGUCCGUCAUGACAGUUAUGUAUCUCGGCGUGCGUUACCUUGGAAUCUUAUCCGCUGUCCUGAUCAUUCUGAGCAGUGUUCCGACUAUCUCAUCGACAGAUACGCAGUGGGUGUGGUUCUUUGCUAACUUCUUUGUUCACUAAUGACUGCCAUGCUAUACUGCCACAGAUG